AUGAUGUCUGGAAGCUGGGAUGGAAACAAUGACCCUGGUAGCCAGUCGGAUGAUAGCUUACUUUUUGAGAGGUUGCACAUUGAGCCUAUUUAUGAUGCUUUUGUAUGUCCUUUGACAAAGCAAGUUAUGCGUGAUCCUGUUACUUUAGAAAACGGACAGACUUUUGAGCGUGAAGCAAUCGAAAAAUGGUUCAAGGAAUGCAGGGAGAGUGGACGGAAACUGGUUUGCCCUUUGACUCUUCGAGAAUUAAAAAGCGCAGAAUUGAAUCCUAGUUUGGCUUUGCGGAACACCAUUGAAGAGUGGACUGCGAGGAAUGAAGCUGCACAGCUGGAUAUGGCUCGUCGUUCGUUGAAUACAGGGGGUCCAGAAAAGGACGCCCUUAUGGCCUUGAGGUAUGUCCAGCACAUCUGUCGAAGAAGUCGGUCGAAUAAACAUAUUGUCCGCAGUGCAGGGCUUAUACCAAUGAUUGUUGAUAUGCUGAAGAGUAGCAGCCGUAAAGUUCGUUGUAGAGCUCUUGAAACACUUAGAAUCGUGGUCGAGGGAGAUGACGAGAAUAAGGAACUGUUGGCUGAAGGGGACACUGUGCGCACGGUAGUAAAGUUCCUUUCUCACGAGCUUUCUAAAGAAAGAGAGGAGGCUGUCUCCUUGCUCUAUGAACUUUCAACCUCUGAAACCCUCUGUGAGAAGAUUGGUUCAGUCAAUGGAUCUAUUCUUAUAUUAGUUGGAAUGACAAGCAGCAAAUCUGAAGACGUUUCCACUGUUGAAAAGGCUGAUAAAACAUUGGAGAAUCUGGAAAAAUAUGAGAAUAAUGUGCGGCAGAUGGCUGAAAAUGGUAGAUUGCAGCCUCUUCUGACCCAUCUUCUUGAAGGUCCACCAGAAACCAAACUGUCCAUGGCUGGAAUCCUUGGUGAGCUGGUUUUGGAUAAUGAUGUUAAAGUCUUUGUUGCUAGAACUGUGGGCUCAUCUCUGAUUGAUAUCAUGAAAAGUGGCAAUAUGCAGUCAAGAGAAGCUGCACUGAAGGCACUAAAUCAGAUAUCAUCAUGUGAGCCAAGCGCAAAGGUUUUAAUAGAAGCUGGAAUACUUUCCCCACUUGUCAACGACCUUUUUGCAGUGGGCCCUCAUCUGCUUCCCACACGACUAAAAGAGGUCUCUGCUACAAUUCUUGCCAGUGUUGUGAAUUCAGGAGAAGACUUCGACAUGAUUCCACUUGGACCUGAUGAUCAAACUCUGGUCUCGGAGGAUAUAGUUCAUAAGCUACUCCAUCUUAUUAGCAACACUGGUCCAGCAAUUGAGUGCAAACUUCUCCAAGUUCUUGUCGGACUUGCUAGUUCUCCAACUACAGUGCUGAGUCUGGUUUCUGCUAUCAAAAGCUCUGGUGCCACUAUCAGUUUAGUUCAGUUCAUCGAGGCACAACAGAAAGAUCUCCGAUUAGCUUCCAUAAAACUUCUUCAGAAUUUGUCUCCACACAUGGGCCCUGAAUUAGCCGAUGCGCUUCGUGGAUCUGUAGGACAGCUUAGUAGUCUAGUUAAAGUCAUAUCAGAAAAUAUCGGAAUCACUGAAGAGCAGGCAGCUGCUGUUGGCCUCUUAGCUGAUCUACCCGAGAGAGAUUUGGGCCUCACGAGACAGCUACUAGAUGAAGGUGCCUUUCUAAUGGCUAUAUCAAAGGUGAUUGCCAUCCGGCAGGGAGAAAUCAGAGGCACACGGUUCGUGACACCAUUUCUUGAAGGACUUAUGAAGAUUGUUGCUAGGGUUACAUAUGUUUUGGCUGAUGAACCUGAUGCUGUCGCACUUUGCCGCGAGCAAAAUCUUGCUGCGCUCUUCAUAGAACUGCUUCAAACCAAUGGACUUGAUACUGUGCAGAUGGUUUCUGCUAUAGCUUUGGAGAACUUAUCGCUAGAAUCAAAGAAUUUAACCAAAUUGCCCGAGAUGCCAGAACCAGCAUUCUGUGCUUCAUUCUUUUCAUGUUUUAGUAAACCACCAGUCAUUACCGGAUUAUGUAGGAUCCACCGUGGGAAGUGUUCGCUAAAAGAAACAUUUUGUCUUUACGAAGGGCAGGCCGUCCUUAAAUUAGUAGCUCUGCUGGACCACACAAAUGUGAAUGUGGUUGAGGCAGCACUUGCAGCCUUAUGUACUGUAAUAGAUGAUGGAGUUGAUAUUGAGCAAGGUGUAACGGUUUUGUGUGAAGCAGACGGAGUGAAGCCUAUACUAGACGUGUUGCUCGAGAAACGAACAGACAAUUUGAGGAGGAGAGCAGUUUGGGCAGUGGAGAGACUGUUGCGAACGGACGAUAUAGUCUAUGAAGUUUCUGGAGAUCAAAAUCUGAGUACUGCACUUGUGGACGCUUUCCAACACGGUGAUUAUCGAACUAGGCAGAUUGCUGAGCGCGCCCUCAAGCAUGUUGAUAAGAUACCUAACUUCUCAGGAAUCUUUCCAAACAUGGGAUGA